CCUCAUCGAUCUGCGCACUUCUUCUUCUUCUUCCUCCGCUCUAUCGGAGAUCAGCAGCUACCAGGGUACUUCAGUUUGUCAUAGCAGGCAGGAUUGUCAUGUAUAAGCUCAGUGAGUGUAUGCACUCCUCUUCAGUUAGGACUUUCCUUUUGUCCCUGACUUAUUUGCAUCUUAAAACAGAUCUCAUUCUCCCUUACGUUAUGCGUCACUGCUUUACAUCGAUCUAUAAUGAACACCGGCCAAGAAUAUAUUCGCCAGUGAGUUUGGAGUCGUAUAGCUUCCAGUGGUUCCGAGCUGACAUUGAAGGAAGGAUGAACCUUCAUUAUUUCAUUGCAGAUAUGCCACCUGUGUAAAUUAAUUACAAUAAAACGCCGCAGUUUCAGUCUAGCUCGACGUGAUUAAAAUCGUGCAUGCAUAAUUUUGAGUCUCGUGGAUAAUAUUCAAUCAAAGAUGACCAUUUCAGAUAGGACUACGAAGAAGGUGCUGCAAAGAGUUUUUCUUGUGGCGUGUGCGAUUGGCCUAUCUCUUUACAUUAAAUCUUCUUCACCAGGCGGGUCCGGUCUCACAACACUUCAUGCCGGGCAACCGCCUCCUAAGGUUGCUGUCGCCAUUACCAUGAGAAACGCAGGAAUUAGAGCUAGAGACCAUGAGCAGAAACAAGGAACAGGUAAUUCACCGACUUUAAGUGUAACAAAACUCAAAAAUAGUGAUGAUGACAUUCCUGGACCGGGAUCAGAAGAUCAGAAAAAGGAGAAAGAUCAGGGAAGAGAAGAGGGAAAUGACGGAAAGGCGGAAGAGAAACCUACGAUCAUCCUGUCGAGUGGAUUGAACCUUAACAACAAGUCAACAACCCCACCAAAACUGGAGGUGAAUUACAACGUCCGGUUUCGGCAAGCACGACCCUUCAACUACUCGAGACUUUUCUCUUAUGAUGAUGAGGGAAAAUGUCAGGGCGUCGCCUGUAAAUGGCCCAAGAUGCCUGGUGCCACAAAAGAGCUUGUCAAAUGGGCACCCGAGAUCUUUGCGAAAGUUCCUCAGCACUUUCUUGACAACUUCAAGAAUCCAUGCUGGGUGCGGGACGGCGCGGAACUCAACUGCCUUCCGUAUUUCUACGUGAUUGGUAUGUUCAAGUGCGGAACAACCGACAUCUGGUCGAAGAUCGUUGACCAUCCCGAUGUCGUUGACGUUCCCAAAGAGCCCCACUGGUGGGGACCACGUCGCCAUGGCUUCAAAGGAACGCCCAUAAAUAAGGAUGAAGUGUUGAAAGCUCGUAAGAUAACAGGAGGUGUGGAUGACAGCUCUCUAGAAUUCUAUCUAAAUCUAUACAAGUCUACCGGAGUUCCGAAACUCAUCAAUACUACAGCUACAACGAGACAGGGGAUACCUUACCAUCCGAAAGUUUUUGGUGAUGCGUCGAUCUCAACAGCCUACGCCAUCGGUCAGGGUUGGACGAAGACUUACCCGAACGCUUCCGAGCCCUUGUUUACCAACGCCGAUCUCAUCCGAGCUGUACAACCCAAUGCCAAGAUUAUCCUCAUGGUUAGGGAUCCGACAGUAAGGGCGAACUCAUGGUAUUGGUAUAGCGGGCACCGCCGUAAUAACGACACUCAAUUUCACAAUUUCGUCGUAAAACAAAUCGGAUGUUUGAAGGACUGUAUAAAGAAACAUAACAUCAGGUACUGUGCAUAUGCAUCAACUUGCCCGUAUAAGCUGAUACCCGAACUCCAAGCGGGACUCUAUUACGUGUACGCUCGUGAUUGGAUGAACGCCUUCUCACGUGAUGGCGUACUCGUCAUCCGAUUAGAGGAUUGGCAAGCAGAUCCUCUUCGUGUUCACAGACAACUUUUCAAUUUCCUUGACUUGGAACAACUCAGUGAGAAAGAAGAGGAAAAAAUCCUUCAAGAAGCUCGAAAAAAUAAAAGUAUAAAUAAGCGUAAACUUUUGCCUCAAACGAAGAAAAUUUUGGACGAUUUCUACCGGCCUUAUAACAAGAAAAUGGUGCUAUUAAUGGGUGAUGACAAAUUCCUAUAUCCUUCAAAUUAAUCCAACACUCCCUCUUCCAUACAAAAGAAAUAUUCAUGUCGUAGUAUGUAGCCCAAUCUAGAGGGAUAAUUAGGGUAGACACAAAAGAUCAUCAUUGGCAAUUCAGAAAUAAAAUGUGUUAAUCAGGUAAUUCGUAAUCUGUUUUCCUAAUAUUGCACCAAAAUUAUGGAACACUUUACCAUUACAGUAGUUUUAACAUUGUAUAAUUAUGUCGUAGUUUUAAUAUUGUAUAAUUAUGUCAAAGUUUUAACAUCGUUCAUUUAUUUUGAUAUUGUGCAAAGCGCCUUGAGCUGUCUUUUAGAAUGGAUGUGUGUGCUUUAUAAGUUUACAUUAUUAGUAGUGUUAUUAUUAGGCGCUACACCAACUGCGCUCCAUAAUGGAUGUCGGGUUGGUAACGUUUAUUGCAUUACGAAAACUACAAAAUAAAAUCCCCCCCUGCAGAGAACAGACAAGUACUAAACCAUGAUAAGUAACCGAGCACAACCCGGUGUCUCGCAUUAUUUAAAAAUAUUAUCCUCUUUGAACUAAUUUUUCUGUGUCAGACAAAUUGUUUAUAUCUGCAUAUUUUCAUUUUCAGUUUCACCAUCAUCAUUAUCAUCAACACCAUCACCGUCAUCAACAUCAUCACCAUCACCUGUUUUUGCUUUAAUUUGUUAUCCCCCUUCCCUUUCCCCCGGGUUAUCACGCUAUCAAGCAAUCGCUUAUUGUAAUACAUUGUAAUAGCCCAUGCAACUUUCUUAAUGAAUAAUUAUUGGUAUUGUGUUAUCAGUUAAAUUUGUUUUAAUGUCAAACUUUAUGAUUAUUAUAUUGUAUAUAUACACAUUAAAACAAACUUUUAAUUUGUACAUGUUGUAUUGCUGAAAUGUAAUAUUAUUACAUGAAAUAAAAGCACAAGAACUUUAAAAAUGUUACAUUCAUGUUAGAUCGGCAAAUUUGAAUGAAAUUUAAAAUUGUAAAGUCGAAGAUGCGAUAUUGGGAACCUUUUGAUGUUUAUACUUAGUUAUGCAAAUGUAUGCACAUCUUUGCAAUAUGAUUGUUUAUUUAGGUAGGAAUAAUUCUUAAGAUGUAUAAAGUUAAGGCUCUGAACAAAGUGUUAGGAAAAUUACCCUUCCUUUUAUUUCUACAUUUUGCUGUGUUUACUUUCAGUUUACAUGACACGAAUACAGUUAACGGCACCAUUUCAAAUAGUGCAAUUUAUACCAAAUAUAUUGUGAAUAUUCACCCUUGAAUAUGAGUAUAAAUAUUACAAAUCCUUCCCACAAUUAUGUAAUAACUUAACGUUUUGAUAAUUUUAGGCUUCUGGUUGGCGUGUUUUUGUGAUUUUCAAAUUUCCUACAUGACAUUUCCAAAGAACUGUCCACUAAUGAUUUCACUGUGAAAAACAUCGCUCCAUAUCACGAGUCCUGUAUUCUGCAGUGCUCAGUGUAGUUCGGGUAGAAAUUUGUAUUUCACACAAGCAAGCCUGUACCUAAGUGAUGAUCAGUUGGACAGCACAACUCUAAUAACAACUCCUAACAGCAACAAAAUAAAAUGCAGAUGAAAACUAUUUCGCAGGCUGAAAGAAACGCAAAAAUGAUCAUGUAUUUGUAUGUUACUGUUUCAUUAUAAUUAUUCAUAUUGUUUUAUUACAUCUUGUGAAAUAGUAUGCUUUUGGAACCUUUUUUGUGUAUUUGUAUGCAAGAAAGCGUUUGGAACUUGUAAUGAACAUGAUGCAAUUUCAGGUGCAAUUUUUGGUUGAAACGCCUUGUCGAAUACUCUUUAUUUUUUGUUUAACCUUUUAUACAGCAAUACAGAUGUAUUAUGUGCAAGCCAACCAAUUUUGUUUUUAAUCAUGUCGACCACAACCUUUCGAAAACUGAUGAAACAUGGGACAUGCAUGGCCAGACACUAGUGUAGGGAAAUCCUCAAUUGUUAAUCAGUUAUAUGACAAAAUAACUUGUCUGUUGCCUUGCGAAAAAGUAUAUAUUUAGUUAGGCCUGGAUUGAGUGGCAAAAGAAUUAUUGUGUUCAAAGGAAAAAGCAUAUUGAUGACAGACAUUCCAAAUUCCCCAAUAACCAAUACGAUUGGAGAGUGAGUACUCGUUUUUGUUCUGCCUCAAAACUUACUCAAUAAAAAAGUAUUAAUAGCUGGCCCGGAUACUUCAGCCUCUCACGAAACGCAAGUAGGUGUCUCACGCCCAGGCCUAAGAUGUCUUUCCAUUUUCAUGUUGCUGCUCUUUGCACGCUAUUUUGUAUGAGCGGGUGGAGUAUCCGCCUAUAUAACUUCAAUCGUACAAAAACUACCUGUUGUCUUUCUUGGCAUGUUUGUUCCAAAGAACCUGCUACGUAUACAUUUGUAAAAGUGAUAUUGUAAACAACAAGUCUUUUCACUCUGGUUCUGAAGUUCUGAACACAACUUGUAAUCAUAAAGUUAUCCUAUUAAAGGUCAAUAAAGUCUACUUUUCUACCGA